CUGGAAGCCGCACAGAACAGAUCACAGUGUUAAAAUUAUUUCGUCUCAUUAAGACAUGAGUGAUGCAAAACACAAAUAUUAGUGUUAAAGUGGACUUCUCAUGUCAUGGCUCUUAGUUUAAUAUAUGUAUAUACUCGUAGUUAGUCAGAUAGAUGCUAAUUAUCAUGGAUUCUAAUCAUCAAGAUCAAGAUCCUAAUUAUCAUUAUAGUGAAUACUAUCAAAAGCGACAACAAUAAAUGUCUUCAUUUAUUUAGUCGAUUUUAUGGAACUGCAUUAAAAGCAGCGAGACUUGGACGGAGAAGACAUCACACGCGAUGGCUUACACAGAAGUUUGAAAUCUUUCAUGCGAACUAAAAUUGUUGGACGUUUGAAACUUUACAAGAGGACACCAUUGUGAUGCUGUCUCAGUACUCCGACACGAGUUUCAAUGGGCAAAUACCAUCUUCUGGUCCCUUGCAACCGCCCACUCCUGCUACUUCGAGUCCAAAAGCCAAUGGCACCACAGGACUACCGAAUUUUGAAAUUUUACUCGGCAAUCUUUCUCUUGCUGUCUUUCCUAAUGGAUCCGAAAUUUUCAACAACAGCGACAAAUACGCUGCGUGUGACCAGUUCCCAGCCUUGCCUUUCUGCAACGACUCUUAUCCUGGCGGCGACGAGGACGCUGAGGAACCCAGCUACGCGUUCAUCAUCAACAUCGUCGUGCCAAUUAUCUUCGGGCUGGUCGUCCUCGUCGGUCUCUUCGGUAACACCCUCGUCGUCAUCGUCAUCAUUGCCAACCGUCAGAUGCGGUCCACCACAAACUAUCUUAUCUUCAGCCUGGCCGUAGCGGACCUACUCUUCAUCGUGUUCUGCGUGCCGUUCACGGCCACGGACUACAUUCUGCCGUCGUGGCCGUUCGGGGACAUCUGCUGCAAGAUGGUUCAGUAUCUGAACUACGUGAGCGCCUACGCGUCAGCCUUCACACUGCUGCUGCUCUCAAUCGACCGAUACUUCGCUGUCGUCUAUCCAAUACACGCGCUGUCAGUACGGACGGAGAAGAACGCUGUGUACGCGAUCGUGUUCACGUGGACGGUGAUCCUGACGAGCUGCGUGCCCAUCUACAUCGCGCACGGCAUCAAGACGAGCGAGUGGAAGGACCAGCAGUACGCGUACUGUACCUUCCUCACGCCUGAGUACAGUGACGCCGCCUUCAGGAUCGGCUUCAUCUGCACGAUGUACUUCAUCCCCGUAAUUGUGAUGGUGUUUCUGUACGUGAAAAUUUUACACCGUCUCUGGAAGAGAGACAGGCCGGGGGGACCAGCGAGCGCUGAAAGUCUACGGAACAAAAAACGCGUCACUCAAAUGGUCAUCAUCGUGGUGGUGACGUUCGUUGUUUGCUGGAUGCCGAUACAGAUUGUGCUGCUACUGAAGUCUUUGGGGGUGUACGAAAUGAACGCCGUUGGGAUCGUGUUCCAAGUUGGGGCUCAAGUUCUGGCUUACAUCAACUCUUGCUUGAAUCCUAUUCUCUACGCAUUCCUAUCUGAUCCUUUUAGAAAAGCGUUCAGGAAAGUGAUAUACUUCAAUCCUCGCUGCUGCAGCAGAGGAUCAGACCAUUGCGAUCUCGGCGUCGUUGAUGAGAACGGACCAACGUCUACGAAACUGAUCAAACUCAUGUCGCUUAAGCGCAACUCUAGAGAACGUAAAAGAAAGCAAUCCACAACCGCUUGCAUCAACGAACUCACUGAACUAAAGAGCACAAUAUUUCAUGAAUCCAACCAAAACGACACGGACGUGAGUAAUUUAAGUGAAAUGGUUUAUUGCGGACCAACGCACUACACGCCACCUCCCAGAGUCGACGAUGAUCGUAUGCGGCAACUGAAACUUUACGACGUCCCGCUAACGCCGGUCCCUGAAAAUGACGCGACACCAAACAUGAACAAUAACAAUGGCACCACGCAGCGCAGCAACGGCACACUUUGUACUCAGGAAGCCAUCAAUAGUUCUAAUGAUCUUGAGGAACUUCACGGCGAGAAACCUGCCUCGGGUUCGAUGCCGCAUAUCGGGCGUGGAGUGAAGCAGAAAGUUCCACCUGCAGUUCCGCCUCGAGGCCCGAAGAAGCUCAAUGCUCACAAAUCAUCUGAGUCCAUCGAACAAAAUUCAGAGUUUUCUCUCUUAAAAUCAGAAAAAGAUCAAGAAAAUAAAAAAAUUGAACAGGAUAGCAGGGAAAUUAAUUCGAGCGAGUCCACACGACAAUUGCUGAAGACUUCUCUCUUGUGUGAGCCUAAAAAAAUAGAUGAAAUUCCUUCAUAGUGUAAGUGAUGAAGUCAUAGUUUAAAUGGUUAAAUAAGAAAAAAUCUAUGCUCUGUAAAAGUGAGUGCUUCGAAACCAUCAUAAAACGACUGGACGUGUCCUCAUGUACCUGAUUGCUCCCUAAUUGUGUUUUCAUAUUUCAAUUUUCGAGAUUUGUAAUGACGGGAUUUUAUGGCACGUACUCGUAAUUUAUCAUGCACAAACUAAACUAAAGUAUAUCACCUGAAAUAAGUUCCCAACGUUGUUUGUCAGUUGGGAACGAAUAUUUAUCUUGAAUAAAAAAAUAUUAAUAUCCUGUACAUAUGUAAUCUAGUUUUCAUACAUUACAUUCUAUUCCCAAGUUUGCAGCUAAUGUUGAUCGCAAUUAGCAUCAGUGUUUCCUUUUGCUCAAGCCACGAGCGAGUGCAAGCUUGCCAAGCCGGUUAUGAUUUAGUUAGGUUGAAGACGCCAUUAUUGUGCUCCAGUUUGUGAUCCUCUUUGUUAGCUCAGACAAAUGGCAAAGUGAACAUUGCGGAAGUGCACAAACUGUUGCUUGACAGUAAAUUGCUCACGUGCGUUCAUUGCUCACUAAGUUGUUAUCAUUUGACACUUAGUGAAUUUUUCGUCAGAGAUUCGUACGUAAAGUCUGAUGUUUUACGCUCAAACGUACUAAAAGUUUUGGAUCCUGACGGACAUUUACUUUAUAUAAAGUCUUAACCAUGCUAACAUUUCCUGAUCGUCGAUCAUUUUCCGUUGUUAAAAUGUUGACCAUGUUUUACUAACCUAAUAUAGUUAGAACAACAACUUCCAAAAAGUAUUACUGACUCUCUACAUUAAUGCUAUCUAUUUGCUGAAGCUGUGCAUGGUUUAACCUUUUAUAAGCAUAUUUUUGUAGUCGUACUUUGUGUUGAAACCGCACGGCGACUAAUAAAUCAAUGUGAUUUGUGUGACGAUAUUUGUGAAUGUUUUUGUGUUUAAAAUAAGUUCUACCAGUGCUUAAGUGAACGUUCUCUAGCCGUUGCUAUUCAAUGUUAUUCAAGGAUCCAUGGACGGAAAAUUCAGAAACUAAUGAGACGCUCGAGAGCAUGAGUGCACAGUGAAUGCUUGAGUCUUACGAGUGUGAAGUUAACUGCGCUAACUGCAGAGCUGCAAAGACUGGCCAAUUAGUCGGAGUUCAACAUCAAACCAAACUCAUAGUUCUGUCUGUAGCUUGUCUCAAAUGUGUCUACAUUGACAUGUAUAUUAACAUCAAAUAGUUUUCACAGAACAUGCCUAUUUUUUGUAAUGAUCUUAUUUCAAAUUCAAAAAUUAAAAAGACGAUCUAUGUUCAAUUAAGAUUCAUGUCAUUGACAGCAAUCAUAUUUCAUCAAUACGAGUAGUUAAAUUGUAUCGAUUUACAUUUACACAACGCGGUUGAAAGAAAUUGGAUGUGGGCAAGGUUUUGCGAGUCAUCGAAAAGGUUAACGAAAUUAUUUCAUUGCACAAUGGAAACGCAAGCAAAUUUUCAAUACUGGUGAAUGGAAAAACAAAUUGUCCAGUUAAAGUGAUGACAAACUGAUGAUUUGUAACUAUUAAUAAUGGUUCUACAUGGGAUAAAAAAUCUUCAUUAAUUUUAAGCGUUAGCAAAAAUUAUAGCCGUCCCUCCCUUGGAACUAGUGACCACCGUUUGUUCACCGUGAAUAUGCGAAGUUUAUUUGACCCUUUAUGCAAGUGUUUAAUUGUCGUCAACUCAUGGUUCAUUAAGCGUCUUCACUAGGCACAAAUGUUCAGCCCUUUAGAUUAGCAUUCUGAAUUUUGAUUGAAUGUACUACUAUUCAUUUUUGGAGCCAUGCCAUGUUUAAACUAGAGACAUAAUUUAGAUUCAAAAUAGCUUUCAUAUACAUGAAAAGUUUACUUUCGCUUGGAAACCUGAUUAGAAUUUAUGAGAAAAAUAUUUUCCCACUACCCGAAAAAAAGUAACUGGAAUCAUUGUACGAUUUAGUUUUAAGAGGCAAAGUCAAAUAAAACGAUAUAUUUUGAUCGAAGCUUAAAAAAACUUGAAAAGGAGUCACUUUGACUGAGGUCAACAUUAAUUGAUCAAUAUAUUAAAAAAAAGUGAACAUUUCCAUUCAUGUCCGACAAUCAAUCUUCCUCCGAAUUUGUUGAUUGCUGACUCAUUGAAUGCAGUCGGAUGAGCGAUUAGAAAAACUAGAAAAAGUAUGCAAGCUUUAAACGAAGAAACCAUUGAACGGAAUUUGUAUUCCGCCAUAUAUUAUACUUCUGGCAAACUUCAAAAAGUCUUGCUAAUUUGACACAAUUAUUUAUUAUUAUUAUUAUUAUUAAUUGCGUAAUUUUUGAAAUUUCAUAGAAAAAAUUCCGUGUACUUUCAUUAAUAACAUAUUUGAAUGUUUGGUGAGCUCAGUUCUUUCAACAGCAAAAAAAUUAAGAUCCUCACAUAAGGCAUUUAGAUCAGGUAAUCUAUCACAGUUUUAUAAGAAAAUCCGCAAGGCGUUCUCGAGAAUAAAUGAUUGCAUCAAUUUUAUAAACUGUUCUCCUCUACAUGUAAAAAAAUUUUACAUUCUGAGAUUUGGUGAACUUUAGUCUUAUCCGUUUCGAAGUGACGACUCCUCCAAAAACACAUCCUUAAAGUUAUCAACGGUAAAUACUAAAAUUUUUACCAAUAUUCCUACAGGAUAUCGAGUGGCAGGUAGAGCUUAGAAUGCUGUGAAACAAUGCGUGCUUUUUUGUUAAGGAAAAUUCGUGUUCGUGAAAGCAUUUGAGACUCGCCGAGCAGAUGGGCACGAGCCCAGCUCAUCUGCUAGUCCCAGUCUCAUGCCGCGUAGCUUGUCUGUGCUCUCAUCUCACCAAGUAUGCAUGUUUCAACACUGAGAUAUCACUACAAAAAAUCCUUAAUAUGGUCUUCUUGCAAAGAAAAUACUUAAAUUGAAUUCAAAUUUUCACUUUCACAUGGCUAGGGUCUCUGGAAUGUCGCGAAUUUGUUUUGUUGUAAGUUCAAAUAUCAUUUCAAAUGAGAAAUUAUUGAUGC